AUGUUGUCCAAAUUUUUUCUUGUUCUUGUUCUUUUUUUACUCUUCGGUGGUGCUUUUGAAGCGAUUGCCGGAAGCCAUGGCCAUAAAAAGAGUGUUAAUUCCAACAUCUCCACUCUUGCCGGCAUCGAAUUGCCUGAUCAUAUGAGCUUCAAUGCAGUUUCUUCAUCAACAACAAACACAGGUUGUAGCUUGGAGACUUCAAAGAAAGUCAAGCAAUCACAUAAAAUAGCCUCUCAGAGAGAUAUUGAUCUUCUUGAAGACGACGACGACGACGAUGAAAAACUAGAGGAGGAAAAUGAGGCUAAACAGACAGUCAAACUCUACUUGAAGCACAGGUCAAAGAAUAGAAAAUCUGAGGCCAAAGAAUCUUUCAUGGAAUCCACAAAGCGGGACUUGAAUAGAAUUCAGACUCUGUACACGAGGAUCAUUGAGAAGAAGAAUCAAAAUGACAUUUCAAGGCUAAAUAAAGAUAAGGAGAAGCCAAAAAAGCAAAUCAAUUCCGUGGUUGCACCCGCAGCAUCGCCUAAAUCCCAUGGACCUGGACUUUCCGGGCAGCUCAUGGCGACUUUGGAAUCAGGAGUGAGUCUUGGCUCCGGAGAGUAUUUCAUGGAUGUGUUUAUUGGUACCCCUCCUAAACACUACUCUUUGAUUCUUGAUACUGGUAGUGACCUUAACUGGAUUCAAUGUGUUCCUUGUCAUGAUUGUUUUGAGCAAAGUGGACCUUAUUAUGAUCCUAAGGAGUCUAGUUCUUUUAGGAAUAUAGGUUGCCAUGAUCCUCGGUGUCAUUUGGUUUCUUCUCCUGAUCCUCCUCAGCCUUGCAAGGCUGAGAAUCAGACAUGUCCUUAUUUCUAUUGGUAUGGUGAUAGUUCUAAUACAACAGGUGAUUUUGCACUUGAAACGUUUACGGUUAAUCUUACAUCAUCUACCGGCAAGUCAGAAUUUAAGCGAGUGGAGGAUGUGAUGUUUGGCUGUGGUCAUUGGAAUAGAGGAUUGUUCCAUGGGGCUUCGGGAUUGUUAGGACUUGGGAGAGGGCCUCUUUCAUUUUCCUCUCAGCUUCAGUCUCUAUACGGUCACUCGUUUUCGUAUUGCUUAGUUGACAGAAAUAGCGACACUAAUGUUAGCAGCAAGUUGAUUUUUGGUGAGGAUAAGGACCUCUUGAAUCACCCAGAAUUGACUUUCACUACCUUGGUUGGAGGCAAAGAAAAUCCAGCAGACACGUUUUAUUAUGUUCAAAUAAAAUCUAUCAUGGUUGGAGGAGAAAUGCUGAAUAUCCCAGAGGACACUUGGAAUUUGACAUCGGAUGGUGUUGGUGGUACAAUUGUGGAUUCCGGCACCACACUUAGUUAUUUUGCAGAACCAGCCUAUCAGAUUAUAAAGGGUGCAUUUGUUAAGAAGGUGAAGGGCUAUCCAAUUGUGAAAGAUUUUCCAACUCUAGAUCCUUGUUACAAUGUCUCUGGAGUUGAGAAGAUAGAGUUGCCCGAUUUCGGCAUUCUAUUUGCUGAUGGAGCUGUAUGGAAUUUCCCCGUCGAGAACUACUUCAUCCAGCUUGUUCCAGACGAAGUUGUUUGCCUGGCAAUUUUGGGGACUCCUCGAUCUGCUCUUUCAAUAAUUGGCAACUAUCAGCAGCAAAAUUUCCACAUCUUGUAUGACACCAAGAAGUCUAGGCUGGGGUAUGCACCAAUGAAAUGUGCAGAUGUAUGA